AUGUCUACCGAUCUCUCGGGGGCUAGCAGUGCACAGGGAAUUGCCUUGAAUCCUGUUUCCAGCUUUCACUCUCAAUCAGGCAAUUCUGGAAAUUUAGCUUCGGGUAAUAGAGAAGCGACAACGAGGAAGAAAAACUGGCAAGAACGUGCUUUGCGUCUAUCGUCUUUUCCGCGGUCAAAUGCCUCUCCGUCUCCUUCUUCCUCCUCCUCCUCCUCCUCAUCAAGACGUAGCAGGCCGGCAGUUGAUGAUGCACAACAACAAGAAUCGCUAUCUAGGGCGGAUAGUAAUCGUUACGCCUCUUCGUCGUCGUCGACGACGACCAAGUGGUGGAAGGUCCACUUGUUUAAGGGGAUGAUUCAGGAUAUUAAACGGAGAGCGCCUUUUUACGUGAGUGACUGGACGGAUGCUUGGGAUUAUCGGGUUGUGCCGGCGACGGUUUAUAUGUAUUUUGCAAAUAUUCUUCCUGCUCUGGCUUUCUCGCUGGAUAUGUUUGAGAAGACGAAUCAGAGCUAUGGAGUCAAUGAGGUUCUUUUGGCAUCUGUUCUUGGCUCUGUAGUCUUCUCCCUCGCGGCAGCACAGCCACUUGUUAUCGUUGGCGUGACUGGACCGAUCACUGUCUUCAACUAUACGGUGUACGAUAUUAUGUCUCCCAAGGGGACGAAUUAUCUGGCCUUUAUGUUCUGGAUUGGACUCUGGUCUCUGAUAUUUCACUGGAUCCUUGCUAUAACGAACGCUUGCAACGGCUUGACAUAUGUCACGCGAUUCUCGUGCGACAUUUUUGGCUUCUAUGUUGCUUUCAUCUAUCUGCAAAAAGGCAUCCAAGUCUUGACUCGCCAAUGGGGGAAGGCAGGUGAAACGUCUGCCUACGUCAGUAUCAUGGUUGCUUUGCUUGUGUUAAUGAGCGGUUAUGUUUGUGGGAUGCUAGGUGAAAGUACACUUUUUCAACGAUACGUACGGAAAUUCAUUGAGGAUUAUGGUACCCCUCUGACCAUCGUGUUCUUCACCGGAUUCGUACACAUCGGACACAUGAGGGACGUGUCCGUUCAGACAUUACCGACAUCCAAAGCUUUCUUUCCGACAGCUGAUCGUGGUUGGCUUGUCAGUCUGUGGGAUAUCAGUGUUGGUGAGGUAUUUUUGGCAAUUCCGUUUGCUAUUUUACUCACUAUUCUAUUUUACUUUGAUCAUAAUGUAUCGUCACUCAUAGCCCAAGGCACGGAGUUUCCUCUUCGCAAGCCAGCUGGCUUCCACUGGGAUUUGUUCCUUCUUGGUUUUACCACUGGAAUCGCUGGUCUUUUGGGUAUCCCGUUCCCCAAUGGCCUAAUUCCACAAGCACCAUUUCAUACCCAGGCACUUUGCGUAACGCGACAAGUUUCCGACGACGACGAGACAAACAAAGGCCGACCCAUUCGCAUCACCGAUCAUGUGGUAGAACAGAGAGUAAGCAACCUGGCCCAGGGCCUACUUACUCUCGGCACAAUGACCGGCCCUCUACUCGUAGUUAUGCACCUGAUCCCGCAGGGCGUAUUAGCAGGUCUCUUCUUUAUCAUGGGUGUCCAAGCUCUCCAAGCGAAUGGCAUAACUCAAAAACUCGUCUUUCUUGCCCAAGACCACAACUUCACUCCCGGAUCAAACCCACUGAAACGUCUCGAACGCCGAAGCGCUAUUUGGGCUUUUGUUAUCUUGGAAUUAGUCGGCUUCGGCGCCACUUUCGCCAUCACCCAGACGAUUGCGGCAAUCGGGUUCCCUGUUAUUAUUCUUUUGCUUAUCCCCGUUCGUUCUUUCCUGUUGCCGCUAUGGUUUAGACCUGAGGAGCUUGCGGCACUGGAUGCUCCAACUGCUAGUCCGUUUACAAUGGAGUCCGUUGGUGGUACCUAUGGACACAACACAGAAGAAGCGAAUAUGGCAAAUCUUGCAUUUGAGAAUACAGGAACUUCCCAUCGGAAUGGCGGUGGUGGUAUACUAGAAGGAAAUGCUGAUUCUGGCGCUGGUGAGUGGUCUUCUGGACACCUCAAUGAGGAAUCAGCUGUGGAGGAUGGACUUGAAAGGGGCGAGUCAUAUCGAUUGUCGCUGAGAUCCGGUGCAAGGAGGAGGAGCAGAACUAGUAAGAGAUGA